CCCUCCACUCCCCAGAGAAUCAAGAUCACCCUCCGCACCCAUUGCCAGCAAGAGACAAUAUCAAGCCGUCUGAUUGCAAGACAAAACCACUUCAACACCGUACCCGGAUCCAGCGUCACUCAGAAUGCCUCCGAAUCGCAAACGCCGCGCGGCCCCGGAAAACGAGUCAAGCGAGGAGGCAGACGGCAGCCCGCCUCCCACACAGAAUGCGCCCCGCCGCCGGAGACGCGACUCGUCCUCAUCCGAAGGCUACGCGGGCGAGGGCUCCGACAUCCGGGCCCCGACGAGCACCGACGUGAUGGUCAAAAAGCUAGUGCGACUGGCCCUGGCCAGCGAGUACUCCCGGCAACCGCUCCGCCGCACCGAUAUCAGCGCCAAGGUUCUGGGGGAGCAAGGGGCGCGACAGUUCCGGACCGUGUUCGACGAAGCGCAGCGGGUGCUGGGCGAGAAGUUCGGAAUGCAGAUGACUGAGUUGCCGGUGAGGGAGAAAGUGACCGUUCACCAACGGCGAGCUGCUCAGAAAAUCGAAAAGGCGUCCUCGGGGAAUAAGAACUGGAUACUCACCAGUCUCCUGCCGCCCGAGUACCGCAGGCCGGCGAUCCUGCGCCCUAGCAAGGCUCCGUUGGAAAGUACCUACACGGGGUUGUAUUCGUUCAUCAUUGCGGUGAUUCUGCUGAACGGGGGCACGAUUCAGGAGCAGAAGCUGGAUAGGUAUCUGCAGCGGACGAACACUAACACUUACACGCCUGUUGAUCGCACGGACCGGUUCCUUCAGCGGCUCUGCAAAGAAGGAUACCUGGUGCGGAACCGCGAUGUCGAUGGUGGGGAGGAAGUCAUCGAGUACAUUCUGGGCCCGCGUGGGAAGGUCGAGGUGGGGACUCAGGGCGUGGCUGGACUGGUUCGCGAGGUUUACGGCCAGCAGGAUGCAGAUGAGCCCGACGAGGAGUUGGAAAUCCGUCUGGCGCGGAGCCUCGGGCUCCAGGCGCCUCACGGCCGCGCGCAGGAGAGACCGGCCGAGAACGCCGCUGCCAACGAGGAAGAUGGGGAUCAAGGACCGCGGGGCCAAAGAAGACAACAGCCCCGACGGCGUGGACGAACAGAGUCUGGCUCUGAGGGCGAAGAGAGCGGUUAAUUAUGCACCAUGUUUGAUGGGUU